AUGCACGUCCGCCUUCCCUUGAUCACCACACUUUCCAUCCUCACUGCUCUCGCAAUCACAUCACCCUUCAACGACCUCCCCAAACGCCAAGUCUUCUCACCAUACACGCUCGACUGCCAGGGCAACGAGACUCUCUGCCCCGGCUUGUUCAUCUGUUCCUGGUACUGUCCCGGGAACGCCCUAUGCGGUCACGCCGGACGCAACACUUGCAUCCUCACAACAUCCAGCGGCGUCGAUGUUCCCAGGACCGUCACCGUCAAUCCCGCCGUCGACAGACCCACGUCAUUGGGGGACAGCGGUCCAUUCGAGUGA